AUGCCACCAAUUUUUAAAAGAAAUAUUUCUAGCGUAAAUGAAUCAGAAAUUUCGAAAUUUAGUCAAAUGGCGCAAGAAUGGUGGUCUUAUAAUGGACCAAUUAAAUUGCUUCAUAGCAUGAAUCCUUUACGAGUAUCAUACAUACAAAAACAAUUAACUAACUACAACAUCAGCCAUGAUAAUAGUAAUGAUUAUCUUCCGUUUAAAGGUUUACGUAUCUUAGAUGUUGGAUGUGGUGGUGGACUUUUAUCCGAGUCUUUGGUAAGAUUAGGUGCAUCAGUUUUAGGCGUAGAUGCAUCAUCUGAAAAUAUUAAAAUUGCAAAAUUACACUCACUCAAAGAUCCUAAAUUAUUUUCUGGACCAGGAAAUUUAGAAUAUCAAUGUAUAACUGCAGAGGAAUUAGUUAACAAUGGUGAAUUGUUUGAUAUUGUAUGUGCAAUGGAAAUCAUCGAACAUGUUAAUAAUCCUAUUCAAUUCAUUGAUUCAUGUGUUAGAUUAAUCAAAAUAAUUAAUGAUGACGAUGAUUUAGGAGGAUUCUUGUUUCUUUCAACAAUUUCGCGUACACCGUUAUCAUAUUUGUUAACAAUAAUAUUGGCUCAAAAUAUUUUAAAAUUAGUGCCAAACGAAACUCAUGACUUUAACAAAUAUAUAAGACAUGAUGAAUUAACAAAUAUGAUUGAAAAU